AUGUACUCGAAAUUCUGGCCCAAGGGCGGCCUCUCCGGCCUCCUACAUCACUAUACAGAGACUCUUGUAACCUUCGAAUACACUCCGGCCACGACAGCUUACAAGCCACACAGCCUACUCUUCAUUGGCGGGCUAGGCGACGGCCUCGCCACGACCUCCUACAUGGCAGACCUUGUCCGCGCCCUGCACCCCACAGACUACUCUGUGUUCACGCUGAAUCUCACAUCCUCGUACCAGUCAUGGGGUCUGGGCCAUUUAGACCGCGACACCGAUGAGAUCGCGCAGUGUGUGCGAUACAUCAAGGAGUAUAAGGCAGAGAAGUUCGGGCCUGGGAAGGUGGUUCUCAUGGGCCACUCGACGGGGAGCCAGUGUGUGUUGCAUUAUCUGUACCGUGACAAUCCGCACGUCUCGGUUCCUGGAUUUGAUCGGGACCUGGAGCAUGUGCAGCGACUGGCUGUUGAUGGGGCUAUCAUGCAGGCGCCUGUGUCAGAUCGCGAGGCGAUUCAGUGGGUUUUGAAAUGGGGGAUUGGGGAUAGAUCACCGGAGCAGUGUCGAGAGGUGUAUCAGAAGAUGGAAGCUUUUGCUAGAGACGCAGCACCUCGGGAUGAAGUAUCCGGAUUUGAUACCUUGUUGCCGCUGGAGCUGACGUCCACUAUAUAUCCGUCUAACACGGCUAUUAGCUGCCGGAGAUUUUUGAGUCUUGUUAGUCCUGAGACUCCCCAGGCGCCUCGAGAAGAUGACCUGUUCAGCUCGGAUAUCAGUGAUGAGCAGCUGAAGAAGACCUUCGGGAUGAUUCGGCGACAGGGACUGUUGAAGGGGAGAUUGUCGGUUUUGAUUUCCGGGGCAGAUCAAUCUGUUCCAGACUGGGUGGAUAAGGAUAACCUGUUGUCAAGGUGGAGGAAUGUGACGGACUCGGAGGAACCGGCAAUUUGGGAUCAAGACCACAGUGGUAUUAUCCCAAAUGCGUCCCACGCGUUGAGCAACGACGACCAGGCUGAGCCGCGCGAAUUCCUAGUCAACAAGGUGAUGGGAUUCUUGCAGCUAUAUACUGCCAAGGAUGGUAACUAG